AUGACUUUGGACUACGAAGUUUAUAAAGAAGGAGGUAUCUUGAACAAUCGGUACCAAAAGAUAGAGGAUAUCAGUGAAGGUUCAUAUGGUUACGUGUCAUUAGCUAAAGAUGUUAGGGAGAAAAGACUGGUUGCGGUCAAAUAUAUUUUCAAACUAGAAGACGAUGGUCAGUAUGAAAGGCCUGAGGAAGAGCGCGACGAUGAUGGUGAUGAUGACAAUUGUGUUGAUUGCGACGAUGAUGAAGACACUAAAGUUGACACUGAUUGCCAUGAAAAUGGAGACAAUAAUGUCGAUGUCGCCAAGAAUAACGGGUCGAGCAGAGAGAAGAAACACAAACUGUACAAACAUAAAAAAUCUUUGAUUUCUUCAAAAGUGAAAUCGAGACUAUCUAACAACAUUUGUCUUGAAGCCAUGUAUGAAGUCGACGUCCAAACGAAAAUUGGUAGACACAAAAAUAUCGCGUCACUGCUAGACUUUUUUGAUUCUUAUAUCAUCAUGGAAUAUUGUUCUGGCGGUGAUCUAUAUGAGGCGAUCAAAGCUGAUGCUGUUCCCAAAAAAACUAAGUCAAUCACUCAUAUUAUUACCCAAAUUAUGGAUGCCAUCGAAUACGUCCAUAAUAAAGGCAUAUACCAUCGUGACAUAAAACCAGAAAAUAUUUUAAUUUCUGGAAUCGAUUGGACAAUCAAGCUUACAGAUUGGGGGUUGGCCACUACAGAUAAAACUUCCAUGGAUAGAAAUGUCGGAAGUGAAAGAUACAUGUCCCCGGAAUUAUUUGAAAGCAACUUGGAUAUCAACGAAAGAAAGGAACCUUAUGAUUGCGCAAAAGUGGAUUUAUGGGCUAUGGGUAUCGUGUUUGUUAACAUCGUUUUUCACAAGAAUCCGUUUAGUAUUGCCAAUCAAUCGGACAAAUCGUUUUGUUAUUUCGCUGCUAAUAGAGAAGCUUUAUUUGAUGUAUUUUCAACAAUGGCUUAUGAUUUCUUUCAAGUAUUACGAUAUAGUUUAACCAUUGAUCCUACUAAUAGAGAUUUGGACAUGAUGAGAAGUGAACUGCAGAAUUUAUCCGAAUACACCUUGGAUGAUGAGUACUAUAAUAAUUUGGAUGAAGGUUAUGAAGAAACCAUGAACGAUAGCGUGCCACCUCAACCUGUUCCUCCUUCCUCUGCGCCUGUAUCAUUACCUACUCCUAUCUCAUCGAGUGACAAACAGUCAGAACCAGAAUUCAAAAAAGACUUCAAUUUCAAUACGGUAAAUGAGAGAAGACGUUUAGAUGCCCCUCAAACUCAAAAUAUUGCUAAUGGUUUCUUUAAGAAACCGUACGCUCAACAACAGAAAAUUUUCAGCCAAAGUUAUAAUACUACGACGCUAGCUCCUCACGAAAGAGCAAAAUCUGCUCCUAAGUUCAAAUUCAAGAAGCGCAAUAAGUAUGGGAGAACCGACAAUCAAUAUCUCAAACCAGUAAACAUUGAAGAUAGGAAGAAAAGUAAAAUUUUAAAAAAAUCAAGGAAACCUCUUGGCAUACCAACACCUAAUACUCAUAUGAACAACUUCUUCCAUGAUUAUAAGGCAAAGGAUGAAUUCAACACUAGAGAUUUUUUUACUCCUCCAAGUGUCCAGAAUAGGUAUAUGGAAGGGUUUUCUAGCAACAAUAGUAAACAGUACAAGCAGAAUCGUAACUAUAACAAUAACAACAAUAAUAACAACAAUAACAACAGCAACAACAACCAUGGAAAUAAUUAUAAUAACUAUAACAGCGGUAAUGGUUAUAUAAAAGGUUGGAACAAAAACUUCAACAAAUAUAGAAGACCCAGCUCUUCCAGUUAUACUGGUAAAUCGCCACUUUCAAGAUAUAGUAUGAGCUAUAACCACAACAAUAAUGGUUCUACCAACGGCAACUAUGCAAGACGUGGUUCCGCUACAGUUCAACAUUCGCCGGGUGCUUAUAUUCCACCAAAUGCUAGGAAUCAUCAUGUCAGUCCUACCAAUCAUCUUUUAAGGGUUCCACAACCUACUGUUCCGGAUAUUUCCACUGUUUUAAAUGGUAAGCCUUCAUAUCAAGAUCAUUGUAACCAGGAUAAUAUGGAUUCCGAGGAUGAUCACGAUUCUGACGAUGUGUUAUUCACUCUUGAAGAAAGUGAUCAUGAUUUUGUUAAUGGCAUGGACAAUCUAUCCAUGAAUGAUCGCUUGCCACAUACAACGACAAGCGCUCAUAGUGAUGGUUUUACCCAUGUCAACAACAAUCAAAACAACAAUAUCAGCACUGCCCAUGGUACCAAUCACUAUCACAGACAAUAUAUUCCACCUUCUUUAGCAACACCAUUGCAUAUCAAUGACAACAAUAAUGAAUCUAAUGAACUACCUGAUUUACUAAAAUCACCUGCAUCAUCUGAAGCCCACUUAAACUUAUCUUCCGGACCAAUUGAUCCUAUUUUAACGGGUAGCAUUAACAAUCGAUAUUUGCACUCAUCUGAUUCUAAAGAAGAGGAGCAGGAGCGUAGACUCAGUCUGGAGCAAAAAUUCAAAAAUGGGGUUUAUGUUCCACCUCAUCAUAGAAAGAGCUUCAACUUAGGAAUUCAAGGACCACCGCCCUUGAAUAUGAAGACAAGUAACGAGGCUACAUUGUCAGUUUCACAUAAUUCUGUUAAUUUUGGUGGAUCUUAUAAUUCAAGACGUUCCAGCGUCAAUGAACUCAACCCACUGCAUAUGAAUAAGCCACUUGAGAAGAUGCCCGCAUCACCCGGAGCUAAAAACUCGUUUGCUGGUUUUCCUAAACCCUUAUUACCACGCAACCAUUCAAGCACUACGAUUGCAUUACAAAAUGAAGACGUAUUCGCAGACUCCAACAAUGACGCCAUAAUUUUUGAAGAUGAAGAAUAUGAUGGAGAAAGUGACAAAAUGACUCAUGGUAAGAUGGAUGGCGACGGCAACGAGUCAUCAUCCACUUCUCCUGAUGAAAGACAGAUUUUUGGUCCUUAUGAGAUCUAUGCUCAAACCUACACGGGCCCCACUCAUGAUAAGAAAUUAGGAGCCGGCAGAAAGUCUACUAUUCAAGAUGAGAUGGUUGGAUCAUUGGAGCAAUAUAAGAAUAACUGGUUAAUUUUACAACAACAAGAUUAA